AUGCCAUCAACCAUCACCCAAAACCUCACCCCGCCAGCCUCGAACUCCGGUACGACAUGCAGGCGCGUCCAAAUGUUCAAAUGGCGACAGAAAGGUUUUGUCCAGGACUCGGAUGAGGAAGAAGACGAGUCUCAGCUUGAGAGUCAGGGUUCCAGGCAGAAUGUUAGCCUGGGUGGACGCGUCGAGCGCGUCGAAGAUGGCGUCGACGCGAUCAGACGGCAUGAAGAGGCUACGGAAGCGGAACGAGGGGUUGACAGAGAAGAUAGAGGAAAGAGCCAUGCUUUGCAAGAUACUGGAGGGGUAGAAGAGCAGGACAAGGUUGUUACGACGCCCACCAAACGUUGCUCGCCCAGACGUCCCACGCCAUCUCCCUUCACGCCCAAAUCCACGCAUAGUGUCAGACGCGAGCUCACCGAGAGUCCCGAUCCGCUACUAGGCUCACCUAUGCCAAUCAAUCGACGUACUAUACGACCUCCUCCAUCAUCCCAGCGCCUGACAUCGCCAAUCUUCCAGCCAAGCUCCGCCGUAUCCAUACCUCAACUUGACGACCAUCAUGCCGUGCCUAAUUCCGGCGACUCGAUCGUUCCAAUACAACCAAUCACUGCGGGAGAUACAGGAAAUCCCAAACAGGCUUCAGGGCUACUUCAUAAAUUCGGCAUCGCACCGUUGUCUGAUAAUUCCGACGAUGAUUCCUCAGAUCUCUCAGAUCCACCGACGGAUAUUGAGUCGCCUCCCAUUGCUUUUGCCGAGCCCCAUCGACGUACGGCAGUUCAGGUGGUCAUACCAGCCUCGGCCGCUUUGCAGAGACAGAUUGCCGACGAUAGAGCAAGACGUGAAUUGCGCCAACGGAAGCCCAUUCAAAUGCAUCCGUAUGCGUUGGAGGGAGAGAUGUAUCGAAGAGAGGUACAGAGCAGAGGGCUGAAGCCUGUGCGAAGGGAGCGGUCACGAUCCCCCCAGGGCCAUCGUAGACAGCAGAAUGACGAGACCCAGGAGCAGGAAUUCAAUCCGAAUGAAAGCCCUAUGAGCAGCCCCCCAGAUGUUGAAAUACCUGUUUCCACACCUAUAAUACCACGGCCGAGGAAAGACCCUAUUCAUCGCCCUGCUUCCGGCUUUGCAAGACGUAUUUCGUCUACACAACUCCGUCCUCCUCAUGCAGCCAAGCGUAGAAAGCUCAAUAUCUCGUCCACUCAGGCUAUAGCGGCACCAACAAGUAUUUUCGAAGACGGUGACAUGCGGCGUGAUAUCUGGUCAAUCCCUCCAAAUUCACCUCCAUACUCAAGCAGUCCGCCGUUGAACGGGAACACGUCAGCUCGCCGUCCAGGCACGCUACGUAUAACGACACCAGCACCCAACUUGCCUACACCUUCCACCUCAUCAGUCAUGCAAGAAGAUCCUCAAACCCUGCUGGGAUCAGAUUUUGAGCAGGCCACACGGAGUAUACACAGGUCUGGUGGACAGCUUCGUCGACCGACAAGAGUAGUGUUAACAGAUAGCUCAUCUUCGGCCGCAGAGUCUGCUAGUGAAGCAGAGAAAAGCGAUAAUGAGAUCAGAUACGCAGGCAGAAAGAUCAAGGGAGUGCUGCCUGCCUCUUGGUUGCGACAAGAUCGUCAGGCACAAGAGCGACGGCAGGCUGAGCAACGCGAACGAGACCGGGCGCGUAUGAACGCAGCUGUCUCCCCUGCGCCGACUGCGCCCGUGCGUGGGGUUGCUCAAAGGAUUAUGAGACCUGCCGGCCAAACCCGACAAAGUCCAGCUUCUAACACACCGUCAAGAAGCCCUGUCGUCAUAUCUGACGAUUCAGAUGAUGGGCCAAGACCUCCUGUUCCCCAAUCUUUGCAGAAGGUGCACGACUCUGUGGCCGAUGCGUCUGCACUAGCUGCAAUGUUUGAGGAUCGUUAUGCUGAUGACAACUUGUCAGACAUGGAGCACGAUCGUCUACUCCUUCCGACGCUCGGUGGAACCGGACCAAAGCGGAAAAGACAGACCAAGCUUACAGACGCGUUUGGAAAACCUAAGAAAGUGAGAUCAUCAGAUGGCGUGGGAAAGGGUGUAGCGAACGAAAGAGGACUGUCUGGGGUACAAUCUGGGAAAGGAAAGCAUGCCAGUUCCAGAAAACCACGCAAGACUCCUCUGCCUGCCAUGAGUGUCAUCGAUGUUGACUUUUCGCCAUCUCGGCGAGCUGAUGAAAUACCGCAAUUCCUCAGGAUCGCCAGACGGCAAGCCCUCCAAAGACCAGAUUUAGCCCGUCAACGCCCACGAAACAAACAGAUACGACUCCAUAAUGCCGAGGAUACAGAAGAAGCCAACAUGACUCUCCAACAAUGGCGGCAAGGAACGCUAAAACCAAAAGCAAACGUCACGCCGUGGCAACGAAAACCACGGCAUCCUUUGACCAACAGGAUCGAUAAUCAGCAGCUUGCAGAGCAGCGUUCAGCGACUGAUGGAGGAUCUUUAAAAGAACUCGACAUGCGAUCCGAAGCCGCAAUGGACGUCUCUCGCCCACGCUCACGUAAAUCCGUCCCUACGGGCCUUCAUAUAUUCCAACGCUCCACGACUCAGACUCAGACUAAAACAUCCACACAAAGAGGAAAAAAACGUGCCCAGCCAAACAAGGAUCCAAGACGGGUUGUGCGUCGGGCGCCUCUUCCUUUCAGAGCCGCGCAACUAGAAGGUGAUGAAAACGACUUUGGCCGCGGCCACAGGAAGAUCGCAUUCGAAAAGGGCCUACUUCGUGUUGAUCAGCAGUUUGGUCUUCAGCUUCCCAGUGAACAGCCUUUCGUAAACCCACAGUUAGCUCGAUAUCUCGCAGACGACAGCACUGAACUGCCGCCCCUCCCUUCUGCGAUAGACGUAGGAGAAAACCAAACAGAAAACUCAAGACCGCAGCAACCUCCAUACAAGAAACGCCUGAAGCGAAAGGUCCAAGCGCAAAGAAUUGAUGUCGACGCACGAGAAUAUCGUCAGCCGAGCGAGCCGACAGUUCAGGAGAUACUUCAAACUACUGACGUUCUUCAAGUACAGGAAGCCAAAAGCGAAGAAGGCUUGCCAAUACUCCAUGGCUUGGGUCCUCAUGGCACUCGGUACCCCAUCACGUUCGAUGUUUACUCGCUUGCAGCCGACACAUACUUUCACUCGUCUACUUUCAUCGGGUCCGACGAAUUUCGCCGAGCUUUACUCGUCGGCAAGUCCAACGGUCGCAAUCUUGACGAUAUGGCUGGUUAUUGCACCAUUAGUCAUGGUGCGCUGUCUAUCAGAUGUGGUCCAUGGAACGACGAGACGUUCUCAAAGUUGCAGGAUCUUGUGAAAGCGGUGUCUGAACCUCUGGAAAAUCAGGGAUCUGAAUCUGACACCCCAUCAUCAGUCUACGAAAGCCUGACGCAUUUGGUUCGAUUGGUACGGUCACUCAUCAGCUACGUAACCGAUCAUCUCAGCUUCUUGGACCCGAUUGAUCGAAAUGACUAUGUGUCCAAGUUGAUGCGGCUAUGUCAAUCACUCUUUGACAGCUUGUUGGUUGCCCAAAGUGUUACCAAUGGUCAGAUUCCUAGCCUUGUUCAUGGUGUCAUACGUGCUAUGGCCUACCUCCUCGUUGCAAGUUUUCAGGCUCAUUGCAUUGCUCAACACCCCACUAUUGAUCAAGGCAAACAAGUCGAGGUCGUUGGUCUUGUGAAAAGCUUGUCCAAGAAUGUCAUUACGCAGCUGGUGCGACAUGGUAUACCCAGUCUGGGCAAAUUUCUGGAGCAAAAUAAGCGACAUUCCGUACGCGAGAAGGGGAUACAGGAGACCGAAGUUGUUGUUGAAAGUGUGGUCAUCUGCAUGCACGUAUUGGAUGAGAUGGACAUGCCAGGAUGUAGUUUUUGGGAUUUGGUCAGCCACGACUUUGGUUCCAAAUUCGCUAUCGCUACCUCUUUGCCUAUCUUCGAAACUACCUGGGCCUCGAUAUUCACUUUCCUUCCCUACAACGAGAUCGAUCCAUCCGGCAUACCGCUCAGGAGCCGGCGAGAGACCUUUCAAAGGGACAAUUGGACGUGCAUCCGAGAUCUCUUGCGCCGAUUAUUCGAGUUAUACCCCAGUACCCACAGGAAGUACAGCACGUCACUCAAUGAAUAUGUGCGUGCCAACCUCACACGAUGCCAUCGAUUGAUCACUCACUGGCAUUGGAGUCGUCCGGAGCUGAUGCUCAAUGCCGUAUUUGAUUUCUUCGGCAAAAACGGCCUCAAGAGCCUGCGACGGGAACCAAGUAUCGGAUCAGUACCUUUUCUCAAUAAUCUCGCAACAAGUCCAUCGUUCAAUGUCGAGCAGAACGAGAACUCCUUCCACAUCGCAUUGAAAUGUCUUGCUUUGGGCCUUCAGGGUAUGACGCAGGCCUAUCCCGAGAAGAAGAUUCGCAGCUUUGUCUUUCGCUCUUUACCUAACCAUGGGCGUGCUUAUCCAAAAGACCAGCCCUUGGACGAAGAGAAUCUGGCAGCACUCCGCAACCAUCAUGACCUACUUUCUACGCUCUACUGGGCUGCGCCACCAACCUGUCGACCAAAGCUAGAUCAUAUUCGCGAUCUUGUCAACCAUGAGAGCUCUCACCGCGAGGCAUGUAGAGUCAGCGUUCGAGCCUGGGCCAACCUCACUACAUUUCAGCUGUCGACCGAGGAGCCGUAUACCUCUGCCCAGCCAUUUGCGUUAUGGCACAAGGACAUUAUGCACCAAACGCUAAGACAGUACAAGCUGGCCAAAACAGAAGCAGAUGAUUACUUGAAGUCUGGCGUUCUGGAUGGUACUACUGAUGUCUCUGCAAUCAUGGUCCGCCAAACGAUGGAGAGGAACCAAGAGCAGGUCAUUGCGACACUACGAGACUGCAUUGCUGGGAUGAAUAGAGCAACCCAGCAUGCAAGAGAUCAGUCAUCUGUGAGGACCUUCCUCAUUGAUUCCGACAUCAUGCGUCUGCUUGAGCUCCCUCAUCUGGAAGACCGUCGCCUUGUCAACGUCAUUCGCGACACCAUGAAGGUUCUUCAGGAUUAUGCAAAGUUACAAAAAGCCCACUCAAAGAAGGACACAAGUCAACAGACAAGUGAGGAAAGCCAAGAUUACGGUGACUUCCCUGAUAUGGAUGAUUUGGAAGAUAUCGACUUUGACGUCCCUGCAAAGGUGGUCCAGCAAUCAUGUCUCGACUUCAUUCAGACGCCCCUCUGGCAUCUACUGUCUAACGCUUUUGGUGCGGAAAACUCACCCGACGAGAAUCUCCUCAUGGACUGUAUCGAUACAUGGGUUCGGAUCGCAGAAGCCCAGGUAGCAUUAGGUGAAAGAUCAUGGUCAUACUACCUGGAUUCGUUCAGUCAAGUAUCGUGGAAACAGCUACGACACACCGAGCAGACCCGCAAGUUCGGUCCAUACUUCAUGGCCGCCCUCAUCGACUGCGACUCAGCCGCCUACAAGGAGCAUCGCCACGAUUUCUUCCAAGCCCUGAUGGUAUGCUUGAUCGAACGAGAGUCGAUGCUUAGGUUCCAACAUCGACUGUUAUAUGCCAUUGCGCGAACGGAUGAUCAUCAUCCGCUUAUGCAGAACCUACCCUUCUUCCGCGAUCUGGAAACCAAUGAGUGGGACAUCACCGCCGAUACUUUACGUACGCGGCGCCUCGCACUGAUAUCCAGCAUUCUCUCCAACAUGCGCGAGGAUGUUCGGACCAUUACUCAAGCUGAGCCGGCGCGCCUUGGUGAUACGAAGAGAUUGUAUGCGUCGAUGCUGAAGGACUUCAUGACAACCAUGAAGUACAACUAUCAGCAGCUUCGUCAAGGCACGACGGUGACCGGCGCAUAUGUCGAGUUCGUGCAGAAGAUUGUUCAAUUCCUCAAGCAAUACACGAGCGAUAUAUGUUCUGUGCUACCCUUCUUCACGGACUCCGUCGCUUUUCCACUACCGGCUGGGGAUCCCACGUAUGUUGUGGCUCGCCUUUGUGGGUACGCGCCUAAGCUAUCAGACUUAGGAACUGCGAAACAACUAUCAGUAUUCAUACAGACGGUCGUGCAACAGGCCGCUGCCGACAACCAGCAGAUGUAUCUUGUCAACCAGCUGACGACUGCUCUGUGUACUGACGAGGCUCCGACUGUCGAUAGGGUCGCAUUGCGAUCAAUACUGCUGCAAGGUGUCCUUCCGGCAUACCUGGAAGAAGCGUUUUCAUCAAGCACAGCUAUAGCUAUCGCUACACCAAUACUACAAGCGCUUCCCUGGAUCCUGGACACAAUGAUUUUUGAUCUUCGUGUCACGCAACCUGACAGCCUCGCAUCCAUCAUUGGCUGUAUUGUGUCGGUUUCGCAUGCCUUCAUCCGCGGAACAGAACAGCUCAAGGAUAACCAACGUUGGCUCCAACAACCCCACGUCAUCGCUGCGCUUGCACACAUGCUGAGAGUCAUGGUAUCAAUUCUCUCACCACUCGAAUACAUAUGCAGUCGCACCAUGCCCUCCGCACAUCUCAACGAACCACCGCUCAUCACAUACAUGGACCAGCUCAGCAUCUUCAUCACCCAACUUCUCGAAGGCACAACGCCCGAGACGAUUCCCUCCUAUGCCGGCGAUGCACAUGCGCCACCCCAGGAGAAGCAGCACACAGAACUACUAGCCUUCUGCCGACGCGGCUUGGAAGAUGGUCUGAGAACAAACUGGAGCGAGAGCAGCGGCUCUAUAUGGUUUGGCCAAGGUCAUGCUCGCAGAGAAGUGCUCUUCGAUAUUGGAAGUGCGGAAGAGGAGCGGGUAAGACUGGAAGGUGAGAUUCAAAGAUUUCAAUCUGUGUUGAGGGAUAUAUACCGCGAUGAAGAACGAUCAUGCCAUGAUGACGAAGGGGAAGGGAACUUUGCGUACGAUUUUGUAGUUUAG